GCCGUCAACGAAGGUCUCAACUUUACUUUGAGAAAAGUAGAGAGAGAGAGAGGAAGAAAGGCGGGCAAGGGAGGAAGAGAUAAUAUUUUAGAGAGAGAAAGGUUAUCGGCGGUGAGAGACGGCCGGAAUCAUGAGCUCCGACGACGAAGCGGAAGUGGAAGUUGAAUACAUAUCACUGAAAGAUCUAAAGAUGGAGAUCAGUUGCGAAGACGGCUUAUUCACUUUAUGCUUCUGGUUGUUUCUUACAAGUCCUGUUUCGUAUCCAUUUACACUUCUUCAGCAGUUUUUACCGGAUAAUGCGGAUGGAAGUCCUUUUAUUUCUUUGGACGAGGAAAAUAUAUUGACUCUCUCGCCAUUGAAUUCUCUGAAUAAAGAAUCUCAAGCUCCGGUUGUUACUGCCAAUAAGGUUUUCCCUAUUGGAGUAUGGGUUCAUGUGGGAUGUGAGAUAACUUCUGAUUGUAUACGUCUUCACUACGACGGAGAUAUUGUUGGAGAGGUGCCUCUGAAAUUCUCACCCAGCUUGAAAAAUAUGUCUUUGUCUGCUUUAGAUGAAGAUAUUGGCAAGUCCAAAUGCUAUUUCCAUAGCAUAGAAGUCCUCUCUCCAGAAUCAUCAAUGAAAGAUCAUCUCAUCAAGGAUCCACCGCACCAGAUUUUGAUAGAUCGCUCCACUACCUCUGAAAUUGAAGAAGAAAAUGAUGGUGUAUGGAGCAUUGUUGGUGGGAAGGCAUCAUGUCGUCGGAAUUUUUCAGUGGAUGUUGUCCUACUUGAUGUUUUCGGAAAACAUGUCAACAAGGAAAUGGAGGUUGCUGCAUCACUAUUGUAUGCAGACAAUGGAUGUCCCGUUCAACGUCCUAGCGAUGCAGAAGCUCCUCUUUUAACAAGUCAUGACGGAAUUGAAUUCACUUCCUUCGAAAGACCAAGUAAACUAAUCAACGGCCGUGCUUCCUUUAAGCUCAAGAUAACUCAGCUUUCUUCCAAAUGCGAUAAUAGGUUGUUCCUUAUAAGGUUUGACGUUCCUGCAAUGGGGGAAUAUCCUUUCCUCGAGGUAUUCUCUUCUCCAAUUCGAUGUAUUUCCAGGGGACGUAGUACACGAAUCCCUCUAACAUUCAAAAAACCGGGUUCUGCGACACAUCUAUUCAAUGGAUCCUCAGAUAUUGCUCAUAAUAGCAAUGUACAUGAGGCCAAAUCAAGUCCUUCGUCAAAACGGGUCAAACUAGGUCAAGGGAAUUCAUUUUCAAUGUAUAAGUCUAGUCUUGCCUCAGACCAAGCAGAUGAAUGCAAUUCUCAUGCCGGUUCUCCUGAUGAGAAUGAUUGCACAUAUGAGAAUAGAUUAGAACAGAGGAGAAGAGAAGAUAACGAGGAUAUGGGAAAAUCUACAUCUGAUUCGGAGAGAAAUUCGGAUUUGAAGAGCAUGUCAACCGGUAGCAGUUCAAAUUCAGAUUUGGCUAUUUUUAAAUACUGCUUGGGAGGGCUUAAUGAGAGGGCAGUUAUGCUCAAAGAAACAGCUAUGUUAGCCUCUGAAAGACAGCUAAUGGAUUUUGCUCAUCAGGUUUCCCUCUACUUGCAGUGCUCACACCAUGGGCAUCAAAUAAUGAUAGCCAAAAGAUUGACAGAGGAGGGAACAAAAGCAUGGGAUCUGAUCACACGAGGUAACUCCCGUGUUAAGUGGGUGAACGUUGAGACCGAGAUUAAAAGGCAAUUCCAAAUGAUCUCUUGCAGCUCGAGGUCCUUAACACAACAGGACAUGGAAAUUCUGAGGAGAAUUGGCGGGUGCGGGGAAUUCGUGGCGUGUGAGGAGUUUGAGAAGAUAUGGUGUUGGCUAUAUCCGGUAGCUUUUACACUAUCGAGACAAUGGGUUAAUGGAUUAUGGAAUUCUACUGCAUCAACAAAGUGGAUAGAAGGGUUUAUCACUAAGGAAGAAGCAGAAUCUUCACUUCAAGGUGCUUGGGGAGUUCAAGAUCCGGGAACAUUUGUUCUUCGUUUCCCUACUUCUAGGAGCUGGCCUCAUCCGGAUGCUGGCAACUUGGUUGUCACUUAUGUAGGAAAGGAUUACACCAUUCAUCACAAGCUAAUCUCAGUUGAUCUUAUUCAAUACAGGUAUAAUGAGAAGCAAGGGAUUAAUAAUAUUAGGUCACUUGAAGAAAUGUUGCUUGAAGAACCCGAUCUCUCCCAACUUGGAAGGAUCUUAAGAGCUGAGUAGAUAGGAAGACCUGAUUCCAUCCAUGAUGUGUCUUUUUUAGUAUUUCAUUUUGUCAUAAUGAAGGAAAAUACUUCUUUGUGGUAAUGUACCUUUUACCUGUAACUAAUUGGUCUUAGUGCUUAUCCUACAUUAAAAACUGUAUUGUUUAUUUAAGACUUGCAAAUAUUUAUCAUGGUAAUAUUAUUUAAAGGGGACACUUAA